AAAACUUGUCGAGAUUAAAUAAAAAUAAAAUGUAGCUAGAAAUGUUCAUGAAAGCUGUUAGUAACUGGAUAUAUAACAGUAAAAAGGAUAUCAGAGUUACAUUUAAUAUUAUUCACUUUGAAGUUUGCGCAAUAAGUGUGAGAAAAUUUUAGAUUGCAAAAAGAAAAAAAAGUCCAAAAUGUCCAACAUUGAAUUUUUUUUUGCACGAAAAUGAAGGAAAAAGAUUUUUUUGCAUAGUGUGAAAAAGUGCAAAAGUAAAAAAACUGCCAAUAACAAAUGAUUGAUAAGCAAUUGAUUUGUUCAGAGUAAAAUAAAAAUUGUUGAUGUGUUUCCAACACUUGUAUUUGGAUUAAAUUGAUUUGUGAUUAAAAUAUGAUUGAAAUGACGAGAAUAGUGGAAGUCUUGCUGUUUGCAUCCAUUGUGAUACCGACACUGAUCAAUUCGUUGGCAAACUGUCCCAACGGUUGUUUGUGUAAUGAUGAAACGCUGGUUGUGACAUGCUAUGAGACAAACCUGGAUGUCAUGCCCAUCGCGCUGAAUCCUUCCAUCAAGCAAUUAAUAAUGAAAAAUAAUAAAAUUAAGUCAAUUGAAUCAGCAAUACAAUUCUAUCCAGACAUUGAAUUCCUUGACUUGAGUGGGAAUCAUUUACUGAAAAUUCCAUCGCGCACCUUUCAAUAUCAGAGGAGAUUGAAGGAGAUGCGCUUGAAUAACAACAAAAUUGGUCAAAUUGAACCAGAAACAUUCCAUGGGAUGGAGUCGAUACAGAUAUUAAACCUGCGUGGUAAUCUUAUUGACUUACUCGAGCAUAAUUCCUUUUCUUCACUACUUAAUCUUGAAGAAUUGAAUUUGGGACAGAAUCGAAUCGCCGAGAUAAAAUCAGAUGCUUUCUAUCGUUUAUAUAAUCUCAAGAUUUUAUAUUUAGAUGACAACACACUAAGUCACGUUCCCGCUGAAUCAUUCUUGCCACUUACAAGCUUAGCUGAGCUCUUCAUCGGCGUUAAUUCCUUCACGACCUUGGAAAAGUCGUCAUUCGAGAAACUGAAAAAGUUGACGACGCUCAAUCUCAAUGGCGCUCAACUUGACAACAUCUCAUCGGGUGCCUUCACUGGACUUGAUAAUCUUCGUGUUUUGGAUUUGUCAAGUAAUCGUUUAGCUCGAAUUCCAACGAAAGAAGUGUCGGGUUUGCAUCGUCUUGAAGAGUUGUCGAUCGGGAUGAAUGACUUUGAAAUAAUUCCCGAGAAGGCUUUUGAGGGUCUUACCAACCUUCAUCAACUUGAAAUCAUUGGAGCGAACAAAUUAGUACGCGUACAAAAUAACGCCUUCAUCGACAAUGGUAAUUUGAGAAUAAUACGAUUUAUAUCGAACGAAGAACUUUCACAAUUCGAAUCAGCAGCAUUCCAUGGAUUACCAUUUUUGAAAGAGUUGAUACUUAGAAAUAAUGCAAUCGAAUCAAUACGUGAGAAUCUCUACGAAUGGGACAAUCUUCAAGUUUUGGACUUAUCAGAAAAUCCAUUACGAUGCGAUUGUCACUUACUUUGGUAUAAAACAUUCUUAAAUAGUCGUGGCAGUCAUUUGAAUAGCGAACAACAAAGAAACAGUAUUAAUAUCAACAAUAACAGCAACAGCAACGUUAAUCACACUAUCAACUCAACGAAAAUGAAUUCUUUAAGUGAUAGCGACAAUUCCAGUAUCGUAAAUCAUCAUCAACAUAUAAUUUGUGCAUCGCCAGCUUAUGCAAAAGGCAAAGAAUUUCGUAAACUUUCAUCCGACCUUUUCGGAUGUACACCAAAUUCCGAUCCAAAAAUUCAAGCAAUCAUUUGCGGCCUCUUAGUCAUCACAGCCGCUACUAUCACGACUCUUAUAUUGAUUGCUUACAAAUGUCGUCGAAGAAAGUUUCGUAACGUUUUAAAAGACAGUGGAUGGGAUAUUAGCAGCACGAUAGGACGAAAAGAUCGUGACUAUCAUAAAACAUAUGCCGCACCACAAUAUAUCGACACGAUGAGAAAGCACACAUUGGGUGCGACAAUAUCAUCGCCCUCACAUUGCAACAGCAUGACCGGUGCUAAUAAUUACCAGCAAUAUCCAUUAACACCGAUGAUUCCCAUAACAGAACUAUAG